AUUUUAUCAAGAUUAUUAAACCACCCCUUUACUAUCAGAAAUGGCCAUCACAGAAGCGCAAAUCACUGCAUUCAAUCGAUUUUUAAAUGUUACCAACGGACGAGAGAAAGCGUGUCGAUUUGUGCAAUACUUUGCAAGAUUCUAUGCAUUUUAUUUAUUACGUCAAGGAGGCAGCAACCCACAACGCUGGAUUGAAUUAAAGAAUCAUUUGGGUAUCGGUCGAAAAUUCUUUCGUUUAUUGAAACCCGUUGAACUCGCUCAAUCAGGUAUCAAGAGUCUAUCCUUACCCGAUCCUUUCUUGCGUGCUACUCAAUGUAUCAAAUUCACUAGCAACUUUUUGUAUUAUACUUCGGAAGCUAUGAGCUUGUUGGAUACUAUCAAAUUCCAUAAAUUAGAUAAUCCAAAGCGAGUGACAGAAUUCGGUCAAAAAUGUUGGCUGAUGGCUUUAUCCGCUUCUAUCCUUUCAAGUCUAUAUCAAUUAUAUAUCGCUCCAUCAGCCAAAAAAUCCACAAAUGAAGCGGCUCGUUAUCAAUUAACUCAAGAUAUCGUGGACAUGAUGAUUCCUUUGGGCGGGUUGAAAUGGUUAAAUUUGGAUGAAGGAGCUAUUGGUUUAGCCGGUAUGAUUACUUCUGCCAUGGCCAUCCAUACCCAAUGGAAGAAAACCAACCCUUAAACUUUUUUUUGUGUCAUAAUAAUAUUAAAAAAAAACAAUUAUUUGUCAUAAAAAAAAAAAAAAAAAAAAA